AUGCCAAUUCUCGGUUUCGGCUGCUACAAAGUCGGAGUGAUUCCGGGCUCUGCAGCCGGGGCUGCGGAUGCGCCAAAGCCUGCUCCAGCAAAGGGUGUCAUUGCUGAUGCCCUUGGCGCUGGCUAUAGAUGUUUUGACUGUGCGCAGUUCUAUGAGAACGAGGAGAUCAUUGGAGAAGCAUUUCAGGCCGCAGGUAUUCCAAGAGAAGAACUGUACAUCAUUUCGAAGGUCUGGACCAACAAGAUCUACGAUGGUCCACAGGCAGUAAGGGACCAGUGUCUCAAGACCAUCAAGGACUUAGGUUGCGGUGUUCUGGAUCUCUACAUGAUACACUGGCCCGUUCCUGGCAAGCACGUCGCCGCUUACAAGGAGUUAGUUGCUUUGCAGGCAGAGGGCUUAAUCAAGUCCAUUGGUGUCUCGAACUACACUGUUGAGGACUUGGCGGAGCUGCAGGCCGCCGGGCUUCCGCUUCCGACCGUCAAUCAAAUCGAGAUUAAUCCGUUCCUGUAUAGGAAGAAGACCAUCGCUCACUGCGAGGGAUUGGGAAUCCGAAUGCAGGCAUACCGGGCACUCUGCAACUUUGGCAAAACCUCCUCAUUGGAGAGUGAGGUCGUUGGUGCUCUGGCUGCUAAGCAUGGACGAAGCGCAUCCCAAAUCCUCGGAAGAUGGUGCACGCAAAAAGGCUUCCAGCACAUACCCAAAAGCGAAAAGCGCUCCAGGAUGGAAGAGAACGCUCGCCUCUUCGAUUUCGCUCUAGAUGCAGAGGACAUGGAGAAGCUGGAGAACCUCACGACGCCAGCAGCUCUGGAGACCUACAAGUCAUCCUACCUCAAGGGAAUUGUCCGAGACACGCCUUUGCAGGCCACUGCGGAGGGCGUUCGCUUGGAUUUCACCCUUGACUGA